AAGGCGAGGGCUUUUCAAAAAGGUGGAGGAGCUUUCGGUUCUUUGUGAUGCUGAGGGUGCUCUCAUUGUUUUCUCUUGCUACUGGAAAGCUCUUUGAGUUUUCUAGCUCCAGCAUGAAGGAUAUACUGGGAAGGUGCCAUGCGCAGACCAACAAUCCCAACAAAUUGGAUCAACCCUCUCUCGGUCUUCAGCCGGAAAACAGUGAUCAGAUGAGAUUGAGCAAGGAAUCUGCUGAUAAAACCCUUGAAUUAAGGCAGAUGAGAGGAGAAGAUCUUCAAGGGUUGAACAUCGAUGAAUUGCAGCGACUCGAGAAGCUGGUGGAAUCAGGAGUCGCGCGAGUUCUUGAGACCAAGGUUGAACGUAUUAUGAACGAGAUCUCUUCACUAGAAACCAAGGGAGCAAAGUUGCUGGAAGAGAACAAGCAACUUAAAGAUAAAGUAAGCAGACUAGUUACCAUGUUGGCGACAUUGUGCAAAGACAAGAUUUGUCUUAGCAGAUUCAGAUGUUGCAACUCAUCGGAGUCUGCCAGUAAUGUUUACGGUUGCAACAGCGGCCCUCCACCUGAAGAUGAUAGCUCCGACAUUUCACUCAAACUAGGGCUUCCCUCUUAA